CCAAGCUAUAAAAGUGGCCCAUUUCCAUGCGUCAGCUGCCUUUUUAGCAUUCACCAUACACCCACAGCAAACCAGAGGCUGUCGCCAUGACCAGAGACCAGCAUGGAACCUGGGAGAUGGAGAGUAAUGACAACUUUGAAGGCUACAUGAAGGCUCUGGAUAUUGAUUUUGCCACCCGCAAGAUCGCAGUACGGCUGAAUCAGACAAAGAUCAUUGAUCAAGAUGGUGAUAACUUCAAGACAAAGACCCAAAGCACAUUCCGCAACUAUGAUGUGGAUUUCACUGUCGGGGUGGAGUUUGAUGAAUACACAAAGGGCCUGGACAGCCGGCACGUUAAGACGCUGGUCAUCUGGGAAGGUGACGUCCUUGUGUGUGUGCAGAAGGGAGAGAAAGAGAACCGCGGCUGGAGGCAGUGGGUGGAGGGCGACAAACUGUAUCUGGAGCUGACCUGUGGUGACCAGGUGUGCCGUCAAGUGUUCAAAAAGAAGUGAUGCCAGCAUGGGAGGCCUGCAGAGCAUGCGGAGUUCUCUACCAGCCUCCAGAAUCGGCAUGGGGACCCUCCCACUCCUGACGGCCCCAUUAAGGUGCCUGGAUGGGUUUUAAACUGAAUGAGUGUGUAACAGUGACAGGUAUAGUCUUCCCGCCUUGAAACCUGGCAUUAAAAGG